AUGAAAGUUUCUUUCCUUGCCUCGUUUGGAGCUCUUGCUGCCAGUGCAACCGCACAAGACGCUUUUGAGCCUUUUGACUUCAACGUUACGGAAGCUCUCGUUGCUAAUGGUGUCAAUGUCUCGGCUCUCCCCGCAUUGGCUGCAUUGGCUGAGAAGCGCUCGCCUUCUAGUCCGUGUACCGCGGCUUGUAGCUCACUGAAGCUCAUAUUCGGAAGCAAACUCCUCUCUGAAGGAUCAGAGUUCUAUGAAGCAUUCACAAGUGCAUACUGGUCAUCUCAGGCAGCCUCGAUCGAUCCAGCCUGCGUUUUCAGGCCCUCGAAAGCGAUCGAUGUAUCGACCAUGAUAUUAGUCUCUCGUCUUACGCAGUGUCCCUUCGCGGUCAAGGGUGGCGGACACACCGCAUUUCCCGGCGCCUCUAGCAUCGAAGAUGGCAUAACUGUUACCUUGGAGGCGAUGAACGAGAUUACUCUUUCCAGCAACAAGAAGACUGCAUUUAUCGGACCCGGAAACCGAUGGGGAGCUGUUUAUGCAAAGCUUGGAGAGCAGAACCUUGCUGUCAUCGGUGGACGCGCAUCGGAUGUAGGUCUUGGCCUUGUUCUCGGCGGUGGCAUUGCGCACCAGUCCAGUAUCUACGGAUAUGCUUGUGACAAUGUUGCAUCUUACGAGAUCGUCACUGCAUCGGGAAUCGUCUUGAAGGUCACCCCGACUCUGUUCCCUGAUUUAUACUGGGCUCUUCGCGGAGGAGGUAACAACUUUGGUGUAGUUACUAGAUUUGAGCUGGAGACGAUCCCUCAAGGGCCAAUGUGGGGUGGAACUCGUGUCCAUAUGCAACCUGAUUACCCAGCGCUCAUCGAUGCCUUUGCAACAAUGGCUGAAGGCGCUUCCGAAGACCCCAAAUCGGCUCAGAUCUUAUCGUUCGCUAUGACAGCCGGCAACGGGGCCGGACAGAUCCAACUUGAGUAUCUCGAGCCUGUUGACGAAGCCAACCCGCCAGCUAUUCUCAAGAAAUACCUUGACAUUCCUUCAAUCCGAGCAAGCACUCUAAACAGAACAUUGGCAAAUGACACAGUUAUGCUUACCAACCAGAUGCCCGGUGGCCACCGUUAUGCUUUCUGGGCAGCUACAUACAAGCUCGAUCGCGACUUCAUGAGCUGGCUACAAUCACGCCACCAGAAGGACGUAGGCCCCCUAGCUAAUCAGGGCUCUUUGACUUUCCAGGCCUUCACCGUACCGGCUAUGAAACAGAUGAGCAAGAAGGGCGGUAAUGCACUCGACCUCUCUCCCGCUGAUGGCCCGUUGAUGCACACCCUACUCUACAUGGUCUGGGAUGACGCAUCUAAAGACGAUCAGCUAAACCAGGCUGCAUUGGACUUCAUGAACGCUGCCAAGACUGAGGCGAAGAACCGAGAUGUAUACACCAAGUACAUCUACCUCAACUAUGCUGGACCGUAUCAGAACGUCAUCCCGAGUUACGGAGAUGAGAAGCUGGGAAAGCUCAAGUCGAUUGCGAAGAAAUACGAUCCCACAGAUGUCUUCCAAAAGUUACAGCCGGGUGGUUUCAAACUUGAGGGCGCGCCUUAUGGAGAAACCAUCUAG